AUGGAGAGAAAAUUGGUUGAUCUAGCUGCUAUUAUCUAUAACUCUAUAAAGCGGUGUAUCAAUGACAAGACUAAGAGAGCACUUGCCUUCCCUCAUUUGAUUACUGAGUUGCUUCUGGCUGCUAAAGUUCCUAUUACUGAUGAUGAGGACCAACAGCAACCCCGUCAGCCUAUCAAGUACCACAAAAUGCAUGCCAAGUCAUCUCGAUCCUCGGAGUCACUAACCGGCGACUACCCAAGCCUCGCCGUCCACCAUCUUGUAUCUUUAUUUCCUUCUCGCGUGUUCGCAUCAUCUCCAUCAAACCUUCUACUUUCCGCCUAUCCUCUGCACAUCUCUGCCUAUGCGUCUUCUGACCUUCAUCAUUGUUCAGCUUAUGUUUUGCCUAUUAUCCAUAGCUGGCGCAAUCGAGCUCGUAGUGUUAAAUCUUGCAACUGGGUUGCCUCUGUCGUGCCGUUGCUGUUCAUUUUUAUCUCCCAUGCCAUCGACGACGUCACCUCCCCUGUCACCGUAUUUUCCCUACUCUCGUCGCCUCUAACUUCAUAUUUUGUUUGUUCAGAUUCUACUUUCAAAAGGAAGGAAAAGGGCAUUCAAGUCCCUUCUGAUUCACCAGAACUUCCAACUGCACCAACCCCAAAGAAGAGUAAAUUUGACUCUUUCAAGUUCAAAUAUCAAGCCUUGAGUGACAGAUUUAACACAAGCAUAGCUCCCAAAGACUUUCACGGGGAUAGGUUCUUUGAAAUUCCUAAAGAUAAGGCUGCCUUCAAGAAUUUAGAGCAACGACAGUGGAGUCAAUUUCUCCAACAAUUAGAUCCUUACUUACCUAUCUUGGUUCGAGAGUUUUAUGCCAACGUUGCUUCCUAUAAGGAGGGUCACUAUUGGGUCAGACAUCACGAAGUUGUUGUGAAUCCUGCAAUUAUCCGUGCCCACUAAAAGUUGCCUUCGAUGAUUGAUUGUCAUUUUUAAAGGUGUAAAGAGGGGGUACUAUACCUCAUUGGGAAGUCAUCAUCCCUGUUCUUAAAAAAAAAACAGCUGUAACUAUCAGUUCUAGAUUGGUCCAGGAUGACUUGUGUUAGCAGGCAUUAUUCUGACUUCACUUUGUCUCCCAUAAGGUCUUGCCUAGCUCACAUGCUUAUGCAGUCACUAAGGAUCAGGCCUUUUUGAUCUGUUGCAUUUUGCAAGAUUUACCUAUUGAUUUGUUAGCUUUGAUUUUCUCUUCGAUCAAGAAAUGCAUUACUGAACUAUCCGGACGAUGAGCUUCAAUGAUUUUUCCUCAUUUAAUGACAGCUAUUAUGUUGAAGUCUAAGGUGACAAUUGAAAAAAUCUAAUGGGUACCCUCGACCAAUGUCUGCUCUCAAGUAUACUUCUUUCAAAGCUGAUUCAGAAGAUGAGGGGGAGACCCAGGAUCGGCCAAAUGCAGAGCAACCUACUUUUGUGACUGAGACAACACCAAUGGACCUUGUGUUUCCUCUCGCCUCCUUUUGGACCUUUGUUCGUGAGUGCCUUGAUCUCCUUCUAGCGCAACAGGCCCUAUUAAACAAGCAGCUGGAUAUGAUGUGGCGAGCCUUACAAAUGAUACCUGGUUUUCUUAUGCUUAGUUCUGAGAAUCCCACUCUAGUUGCUUGUGACACCAGCCAUACAGAGCCUAGCUUCCAAGGCCUACAUCAUGCGGAUACUUCUUGAUCUUUACACCUUUGUUUAGUUUAUUUUCUUUCUUUUCUAGGCUAUACUUAUGUCUCUGUUGUUUCUUUUGACCACUACUCUAUCUCUAUCUGUAGCCUUAUUUUGGUGCUGUAUAACCGUUUGUUUACUUUCUUGGGUUGUAAGGCUAUAUUCUAGUUUUCAUGCAGCUUAUAUCUGCUCUUUUGUGACUGUUAUGGGCAGCAGGGCUAUGUCUAUCA